AACUGCGCGUGUUACAAUCUGUGGAUAACACAUGGUUUUAAAUCAUUUGUAAGACGUUCUUGAAAGAUUUCUCGUCGAAGUGAAAGGCAGACAGUUUUAUUACCUAUCACGUUGUUCCUAUGUGCCCGGUAUUGUCAAAGGAUUAGCGGAUGUGGUCUUGUAGCGCACUAAAGUCUACAAGACGUGUAGUGUCGUCAUAACUACUUCGUACGUUCUUAGAGAGCAUGCCAUCGAAAAAGAUACUUGGAAAAUCUAGACGAGUUGCAUAUUACAUUACAACCGCAAUGCAAUAAAUCUCCGAGUCAAUUGAGCGAUCACACCGCACUCUAAACAAAACUUGAGUAUCGAAAUGACAAUGAGGCUGUUGACAAUUGCCUGGAUGCUGAUGGCCGUCACCACGUGGAUCUGUUGCAGCUGCGAGGGUGCCAUAUUUUACGGGCCCGUAGAUCAAGAGCCGCGUUGGUAUGUGCCGAGAAGUCAGGAUAUCCUCGACACAAACUUGUUGGACUUACCCACGUUCGACAAGAGAAAUGGAGGUUCGAUGCAAGGCGAAUCCCCCAGAUCCCGGCCAAGCCUUUCAAUCGUAAACUCACUUGACGUACUCCGUCAAAAACUCAUGUAUGAGGUGGCCCGGCGACACGUUGAUGAAAACAACAAGGUGUUGACACAGAACAAUCAAAUACUAAGGAACCUGGGCAAAAGGUCGUUGAUGUCCAUUUUAGGAGUUGCGCGAAGGUUUUAAAACGGAACUAUGAGAUUUGUCUGUCUUAUUGCGUUAUUAUUUAACGGACAUUUUUAUUUGUAACGCAAUAUUAUUAAUUAAUUAAUUUGUUGAAUUUUCCUUACACGUAGACACCCAUAAUCUUAAUUCUUAAUACCGGUAACCGCGUUUUUGUUGUUCAUUCGAUCCAGUUUAAAAUUAAUGUACACACAUGUAUUAAUCGUCAAAGUAUAAUAUUUUAAUUAAAAAAUUAUAUUACUAUUAAUUUUAAAAUAUAUUAUGUAUGUAAUAUUAGAAUAACCAUGAAAAAUUUCCCUUUCCUAAAGCAUUUAUUAUUCUAUAUUGUAACAACAGCUCUUCGCUAUCGAUGUUUUACUAUUA